GCAGGUACUGAGACUAGUGCUAAUUACUCUCUCUCUCUACCUCCUCCCGGUCUUUCUUGUCCUCCCUCUCGCUGUCUCUCUCUGUCUCUCUCUCUCUUUGCCUCCACCCAGUCUCUCUCUCUCCAUUCUUGUCAGAGGAGAGAAGUGUGAGAAGGAGCGUCAGCACAGACGAGGAAGCGAAAGAGUUCAAGAGACAGAAAUCAAAACAAGAAGAAGAAGAAGCAGAAACGUACUUCAUUUAAAAAACCUCUCUGGUUAUUCCUGUUAUCCGAUCUUGACUGACAAAAGAGGGGGAUGAUGAAAACGUCUGGAUUAAUGCACUGCUGAAUGAGACAUCGACUUUGACAGCUGCUGAACGUUGCAGACUCCAGCUCUGAUUGGAAGCUUGUGUCAGAAUGACAGCAGAAGACUCCGCCUCUGCCGUCACCAUGAGUAACUCUAGUCCCUCCUCCAAAUCUAACCCUGCCAACAACCACCCGAUCCUCCAUGGAUCCAUUCCAGAUGGUGUUGCUGGAGCCCCUAACGAAGCAGCCCUCUUGGCUCUGAUGGAGCGCACAGGUUACAAGAUGGUUCAAGAGAAUGGACAACGCAAAUAUGGUCCACCCCCUGGCUGGCAAGGCCCCUCCCCUCCACGUGGCUGUGAGAUCUUUGUGGGCAAGAUCCCACGUGAUGUUUAUGAAGAUGAGUUGGUGCCAGUGUUUGAGUCAGUGGGCAGGAUUUAUGAGAUGCGCCUGAUGAUGGACUUUGAUGGCAAAAACCGUGGCUAUGCCUUUGUCAUGUACACGCAGAAGCACGAGGCCAAACGUGCCGUGAGAGAGCUAAACAACUAUGAAGUGCGCCCUGGACGAUUGCUGGGGGUCUGCUCAAGUGUAGACAACUGCCGCCUGUUUAUUGGUGGAAUUCCCAAGACCAAGAAGCGAGAGGAGAUUCUGGAGGAAGUCUCCAAAGUGACAGAAGGGGUGCUGGAUGUGAUUGUUUAUGCGAGUGCUGCGGACAAAAUGAAGAAUCGUGGCUUUGCCUUUGUCGAGUAUGAGUCCCAUCGUGCAGCUGCCAUGGCCAGGAGGAAACUCAUGCCUGGGCGUAUCCAGCUUUGGGGUCACCAAAUUGCUGUCGACUGGGCGGAACCAGAAAUUGAUGUCGACGAGGACAUCAUGGAAACGGUGAAGAUCCUGUACGUGCGCAACUUGAUGAUUGAGACCAGUGAAGAGAGCCUCCGCAAGAUCUUCAGCCAGUUCAACCCGGGCUGUGUUGAACGAGUGAAGAAGAUCCGUGACUACGCCUUUGUGCACUUUACCAGCCGGGACGAUGCGGUGGUGGCUAUGGACAACCUGAACGGUACAGAAAUCGAGGGGUCAUGCAUUGAGGUGACGUUGGCCAAGCCUGUAGACAAGGAGCAGUACACUCGCUACCAGAAAGCAUCCAAGGGAACCAUGACCAGUAGUGACAGUACUCAGCAAAAUUAUGUGUAUCAAUGUGAUCCCUACACCCUUGCCUACUAUGGCUAUCCUUACAACACUCUCAUUGGACCCAACCGCGACUACUUCAUUAAAGCAGGUACUGUACGAGGCCGUGGGCGUGCUGGAGCCACUAACAGAGGCCCAGGGCCCCGUGGCUCGUACCUCGGUGGCUAUUCCGCCGGCCGAGGCAUUUACAGCCGCUACCAUGAAGGAAAGACCAAGGUGCCGGAAAAACCAUAUGAGCUCAUGCCCAGUUUGGAGCUGGCAGCCGUUAAUCCCGUGGGCAUUAAGCCUGGCACAAUGGCUCUGCCAGCUCUCAGUGCGCAGUACCCCACUGUGUUCUCUGCUGCACCCGCUGCUACUAAACUGGUAGAGGAAGGAAAAAUACACCAAGUGGAGCAUUUGAUCAAUCCCCUCACCAUCCAACAUGAGCAUUCUGCUGCUCCUUCAACUGCUGCCGUCAUUCCUGCUGUCUCAACACCUCCACCCUUUCAGGGUCGUCCCAUCACUCCUGUAUACGCUGUGGCUCAUAAUGUCCCGCGGAUCCCUGCUGCUGCGGCUGCUGGUCUGUACGGUGCGAGCUACGUGCCCAUCGCUGCUCACGCCAACACAGCCGCCCUGGCAGCACUGCAGAAGAACGCAGCCGCUGCAGCUGCUGCAUACGGAGGGUAUGCUGGCUACGUGCCCCAAACCUUCCCCGCUGCCACCUUCCAAGUGCCUAUCCAUGACGUGUACCAGACCUACUGAGAUGCCCUUUGACCCAAAACACAGCAUGAAGGCCGUUGACUGAUCUGAGAAUAAAGGACUUAGAUUAAAUCUACUGACCAAAAAAAAAAAAACCCAAAAAAAUGUUAAGCGCAUACAGUACAGUACAUAACAAAAGACCAAACUCAAACUCUAACCUACACUCCAGUGUAAAACUCGUGCAGAACUCGUUUCACACCUAACCUGAAUGUGUGUACCACUUUCUAUUUCUGUUCAUUCCUAAAUCAUGACGCAUCAUAAAGCUUUAAUUAUGUUCGACGCAUUUUUUUUGACAACCCUCACAAUGCUGUGUGCUCUACUGCACAAACAAAUUAACUAAUAAAUGCCCAGCACAUUAUCCUAAAAUGGCUGUAUUAUAGAACCAUUAUAGAAACAUUACUAACGUGUAAAAUGUCAUGACGGAGUGUUUCAAGUAAAGCGAAUACACCUCAUUAUUCCUAAUUAGAAAAAAGACGUAAGACGUGAUGAUGAUGUUUGGAAUGGAACUGAAAAUUAAUUCAUUCUAGAUUAGUCUGUAAAAAAAAUGUAAAGACACAGUACCAAUGUUUGAAAACACUGGAAGCUUGGAUUAUUUUACUAGUUGAGGCCGAUUCUGGUUUAGGCCGUGCGCAGCAAAGCACCAAACCUCUGGGUUGUCCGGGUUCCUUCUCCCAUCUUAGAAAAACAUUGCGGUAGGUGGAUUGGCGAAAAUAAAUUGCUCCUAGGUAUGAAUGGGUGGUGUGUGUGUGUGUGUGUGUGUGUGUGUGUGCAGGGUGCAUUCCUACCUUGCAUGGAUAGACUCCGGAUCUGCCGCAGCCCUGACGAGGAUAAAGCGGUUACUGAAGAUGAAUGAAUGAACAUUAUUAGAGUGUUAUGAUGCAUUGUUAUAAUUUUUGUUAAUGAACUUUGUAGAAGUUUUACCAAAAACAGCUACCCAGGACAAUGGUGUAUAGUGUCUUUAAAGAAGAACUGAAGGCAUUUUUUUAUUAGCAAAAUUCUAUUUAUCUCAUUUUAUUAAAUAUAGGAAUGCGUUUCUGACAGCUAUUUUGUCGCUGCUAUAGCAAGUUAUGAGUGUUUGAAAUACGCUCUAUAAUAUAUCAGUCCAGAUGUCAAAGCAAUGGCCAUAAACAAGAUUUGCUGAGACCUGUGCGAGACAUCGUAGGACGGAAGUAAAACGUACAGCGGAAAUCAAACCCUGUGUCCGAAAUCGCUCACUUGUUCACUACUCCCUACUCCCUACAUAGGGAAUUACUACAUAUAUAGAGGACUAUACAGUGAGCUCAUUGGUAAAAUGAAAAAAUGCUUUCGGACACUAGUCCGUCGCGCUGGUAUUUACGUCAUUACUGUCGCACAAUUAAAACGUGCCAGAGAUCAGCCGGCUGGUGGGUUUCAAAAUAAUAAACACAUGCAUGUGUUUUUGUGAUAAAUCCAUAUUAUACUGAGCACAUUUCCCACAUUAAUCAAUACAAACUAGCUGCAUCUUUCACUUCUUUUAAAUCAAGGCUGAAUGCUUUCUUCUUUGCCGCUGCCUUUUAUUAAAUCACUUUUGAGACUUUUAAUUUGAUUUCUUUCAGCGUGACCGCAAUGCAUGAUGGGAUAUACUGCUUUGGUUAGUGACCAUCGUUGUCCACUACUUUUCAUGAUGCAUUGUGGGAUACUUUGAGUGCACUAUAUAGGGUGUAAAUAAUCCUCACUAAGGUUUCGGACAGCACUACAAAAUGGCGUCCUCACUAUAUAGUGAGUAGGGAGGGAUUUCGGACACAGGGAAAGUGACCAACAUCUGCCAACGUUGUCAAAAGACGCGCGCGCCCUCUUUCGAAUGCUGACGUAAUCAAAUUGGAAGUUUUGUUUUAUUUUGAUAGCAAUCAGGAAAGUUUGAAAAAAGUAGGCAAUAAUCGUCAUAUAAACUCGUUUUUGUGCAAGAUUUUGUUUGGAAAACAGUUUUCAAAAUGGCGGCACCGACACCUGGCUGACACUUCACGUUUCGAAGUCUCGCACAAGUCUCGUGAAGAUCGCGCGGAUAAGCGACGCCUGCCGUGGACCAAACGAACUAAAUUCAACAUGGCUACAAACCAAAUAGGCCGAUAAGUAUAAUAUUUAAUUGCAGUUAGUUGCCAAUACGAGUCACGAUAUAAGGUUACUAAAACCGCAAACGUAAUUGAAUAACACGUUAAUUAAGAAAUAAAGCAAGUUUAAAAAUGACUUCAGUUCCCUUUUAAAGGCUAGCUGCAUGCUUGAGAUCUGCCAGACCUGCUGUAACCACUAGACAUAGAUUAUGAAACGCACUGACCUUGACUCACUUAACACUGACCUUGUCUAGAACUACUGAUCACAUUCUGUACACAUUCAGUCAAGCACAAGAUCCGACUUCAGCGCAACCCGAUGCAUGAUUGAGUCUUCGUGGACUGAUAACGAUAACGAACUGACAAGGACUGGAAACACCACCAUUUGUGGCCUGCUGAGAUGUGCGCGCACGUGUGUGUGUGUGUGUGUGUGUGUGUGUGUGUGUGUGUGUGUGCGCGCACGCGUGCAAGUUCUUGUCAUCUCUCUGAAGAGGAAACCUUGUUCUUUAGCAUAUCUACUGAUGCAGUCUCAUCUCAAGCUCCAUGUCAAGAGUUGCCUUUGAGUCAAAGAUGCAAGAUGACCUUUUUUGGUUCAAAAAAUAUCCGAAGCCCAUCUUUUUUUUUUUUAUUUUCUUUUUUUUUUGACUGAGUACCUUAUGUGCUGAUGCAUCACUUACUCCAAGGUUUGGUUGCUAUGUCGAAAUAGGUUUUUUUUUUUUUUGCACUAAUUAAUCUCGACUGAUUCUACGUGCCUUAAGCACAAAGUGCCAGGAUGUAGCUUGUUCUACCUUCCAAACUGCACGAUAAAAGGAAACCUUGUACACGAACGUACAAGACAGGCAUUCAUAUUUGCUAUUUCUGUAAGAUUCCUUCCUGCAAACAAGUCAAAGAUCUCAAAAUGAAAAAAUAAAAUGGCACUAAAGUCAGCAGAACUCAACCUUGAAUUAAACCUAUUGUCUUUAUUUAUAUCCAGUACCUAAAUACUACUUUUAGCGCUUUACACUCCAGACAUCCAGAACUUUCUGAAACCUUCAUCCUGUCUGUGUUGCUGUGAAGAAUACUGAAGGAGCAUGCUUCCUGUUUGAGCUUUUUCUACCAACCUGAAAUACGGCAUAUUUACUCGAAAGCCUUUAAUAUGCCUGUUUCCUGGAAAGCAAUUUUUUUUAAAUAUGAAAGGAAGAAAAUGUGCAAAACUGCUGAGCAGAGACCUAAGUGACCACUGAAGGAUAAUUUUAUGGACAUGUUUGGAUGUUUUAACACACAAACUGGAUUCCAAGUGUUGUGUUUUUUUUUUUUUGAAGAUGUUUCAUAUCCUAACCACUAGGUUGCCUGAGUAAUAAUACCUGACUAAUGCUUUUAGAGCUUUCCAUUUUAUAUUAUGUUGUAUUUUAGUAUAAAUACACAGGUGGUUAUAGGAAAUCGUGCGUGCUGAUUGGUCGAGAGAUUCGGGUUAUUUCUUGAUAAUCACCUCGAGCGACUCGGCAAAAUGGAGGCCGAUCGCGACGUCACCGUAAGCGAGGAAGAAUUACAAAUGAUGAAAGAAAACGCUGCUCCUAAACGCAUUAAAGAUGCUACGAAGUUUGGUCUAAAACUAUUCAAAGAUAAAGCGGAAUUGGGAUUUAUUUUAUUGAUUUCAAAACAAAGUAUUUUACGUGACUCCGCGUAGAUAAGUGACACAAGUCUGCGCCGCGCCUUUAUUACAUUUACAUACCGCUUUUGAAGUUUGAAAUAAAUUUCUUUUAGUACGAAUUUUUUAAAUAAUCACCUGUGUAUUUAUACUAAAACAAUUAUCUGCCUCACGCAAAUAAUUGUUAAAUAUAUUAUAUUAUAUUAUAUUAUAUUAUAUUAUAUUAUAUUAUAUUAUAUUAUAUUAUAUUAUAUUAUAUUAUAUUAUAUUAUAUUAAUUUUCCUUUCUCAUCAUUUUAUUGUUUGUGGUGGCACAUGUGAUGCCCAUUUAGUUCACUGUUGUUUGUUUAAAGGUUUUUCAAUGCUUUAAUGCACGCACUUGACAUUUUAAUGUGUGUAUUUUGAGUAUCUUGAGGAAAAAAAAAACCCUGGAAAUUGGAGACAAAGCCAAAACAGUAAUAAUUAUUUAAAAAAUGUAACACGGGAACGAAGACAAUGGCUAGCCACCGUGUUUAAGCACACACACACAUACUCCGUAGCCUGUGUAUAUCACGUUUAUACUGUAACAAACUGCAAUACCUCCUUAAACUAAAGUAUUUUUCAAAUGUGUGUUGGUCAUUGUGAAAAUCUGAAACAGCAUUUAUUUGUCGGACCAACCCACCAUUUUGGAUUUGCAGGCUGUUUUUUUCUUUUUGGCAUUUCUGAAUGUUAAAUUGAGACUGAAGAACGUUUUCAUGAUGUGCCUUUUGUACUAUAUAAAACUUUAAUCAGAUUAAGAGUUCCAGGAUUCACACUUUCACUUGACAGAGCUUGAAGAUUUAGAUUAACAAAUAUAUUAAAAAUGUAUUACAAUUUGUAAAAUAAUAAUAAUGAUAAUACUAUUAACGAUUACUGAUUACUACAAGACUGCUGGUGGUUUUUGAAAAAAAAAUUUUAUAAGCUGUGGCCAUGAAGUAAGCUUCGACAUUUAACUCAUGGGGGCUCAGAACCGAUAUUAGACCACUGGGGCAACAGGAAAGUGAGCAUGGAGGUGACUGGAGUCACUGGGGUCAUGGCACGUACUGUAAACACCUUAAGUGACUUUUGACGGAUUGUUGUUUUUUUUCAGUACUUAACCAGAUGCCACGUAUUAAACAUGACGUUCCACAGCAUAUUAACUCGUGCGCUCAGCUUAACCCAUAGCCUUAAUAUAUUACUGUAUCUCAUGGCCUUGUCUUAUUUUUAUUUUUUAUUUUUUUUUAAAAAGCAAUAGUCACUCAACAGGUUUGUGGCGUGAUUGUAGAUUUCCCCUUUAUCUGGCACAUUCACUCAAAUCAGUGCUCAGUUUAAUAGAAUGAUUUGUAUUCGCUGUUUAUGUAUUCAAAUGAGCUUUCUAGGACAUUUUGUACGUAAAAGUGAACAAACAUGUACAAGGGCUAUUUUUCUUUUUGUACAUUUUUGUAUUCGUCUAUAUUAUAGUACAAUGCCUUUUCAUACGGUUUCAUUCAAAAUCCUCUACACUGGAAUGAACGUGAAAAAAAAAAGGUUCUACACAUAUCAGUAUCAUUCCGUCUAUAAAGAUCUGUCCCAAAUACUAGACGUCCAUCCAUCCAUCCAUCCGUCGAAAUCCUUUGUACUGUAUAUAGUGAUAGUGCUUUACUUUUACUCUUCGUGAUGAAGGAACGGACCAGUUUCUUCCAAAGGGAAUAGAUCCUCUUCCAGAUUGCAGGAUACAAGCGGAAAAGUCUGACAGUACCAAGGGUUGUUCACUAUGAGCUUAUUGUGAGUUCUGGGAUGAGCCUAAGCAGCCUUGAUGAUUACAGCAGCAGCAGCAGUGUUGAAUAGUCUUUGUGUUCUUACAGUGCAGUUUUAUUGGGGUUUAGUGUCGAACCCAUAAUGCAGUUCGUUUUCUGAGCAGCAUUCUGAAAUGAUUCUGAAAACGCUAGCAUUUUCGAUACCCUAAGAUGGUCAUGUUGAGAAUUUAUCCAGCAGUCAGCAGAAAAUGAAGGUGUGAGUGUAUGUGGAGUGUAUGUGUAUGGUUCUAUCAGGGUUUUUUGUUUCUCCCAAUAGUGCCUUUUGGACAAAAAAAAAAAAAAAAAAACCAAAAAAAAAACCUAUCUGUGCUUGAUGACUGGAUGGUGAGGUCUCAGUGCCUUGAUGUAGUAGGAGAUCAUUUUUAAGCCUUAAAGUGUGUGUAGACAUCAAGCGGCCACUUUGUCUAUUUAUAACAACCAUGUUUUGUCAUUAACACACAUCAUGUAGUCAACAGUGGUUUCAUCUCCUUUUUCGUUCUCUCUCUCUCUCUCUUUUCCGUACUAAAGGUGAAGGAUUUCCAUGUUUUUGGGGUUUUUUUUAUGUCAAGUUUUAGCUUUAGCUUAUUAUUUUGACAGAUUGUGUUUUAUUGAGUAUAACCUGUGUGUUAAGACUGAGUCACACUGGCGACGCAAAAAAAAAAAACUCAUGUACACACACACACUAACCCUAGCCUCUGAACUUGAUGAAGUUGCCCGUGUGUGUGUGUGUGUGUGUGUGUGUGUGUGUGUGUGGCACGAGCACCCUUUUGUAUGUUUGCAUGUUCCCCUUCCCACAUGCUUCUUUUUGCCUUUAUUUGAAUCUUUUAUGAUGACCGAAACCAUCAGGAUAUAUUUAAUAUAUACAAUGCAUUGUUUUGUGUAUGAAGUAAGAAGAAUUCCUAUAAUAUAUUUGAACUCAAUGUUUUUCUCUUCCUUUAUAUACGCCUUUUGUUUUUUGUUUUUUCUGUUAACUGUUUUGCCAAAGUGUUCUAUAGCAUGAAAGCUAGUCUGAAAAAAAAAGAAAAAAAGAUGGUUUAUGUUUGUUUUUUUUCCUUGCUAAUAUAAUAGAUACAAGCCGGCCAGUUUUAAUGAGUGUGGACGCAAAGGUGUCGUGCGUUCAAGUUGCUUUUGUUAUCGCGAUCAUUUCAUUAACACUAAGUAGUUUUUUAAGAAACUUGUUUUAUGGUUUUUUUGUUGCUAAACAAAACGAACAAGAUAGCAAAAGGUUGAAGAGUUGUGUUCAAGAUCCCUUUAUGGAGCUGUUUUCUAUCAUGCUAUAUUUGUAAUAGGCUUGGCAUUAUUGUAGGCUAUUUAUAGUGGUUCAGUAGUUGAAUAAAGCAUUUUCAAAAAGAGAA